UCUCCAUCAUCAUCAAUUUCUAACUCCAAAAUCUGCAGAUAAAAUCGAUAUCAGAAUUUCUUUGUGAUGAAGAACAACUCCCCAUGAAUCCCUCCUUCAAAAACCCACAUGCAAUGAACUAUUUCUAUCCCCAUUUCAUCAUUCGAUUCGUUCUCUAUUUGCUUCUCUCCUCCAAUAACCCUCACUCAACCCUCGUCGGAGCUAACCAUACAUCUGCCCGUUUCUGUUCCAGGUAGUAUUCCUGAUUCACUCUAAUCUAAUUUAAUUCGAUUCAUUCACUGUGAUGGAGUUGGCCACGGGUAAGCCCAGCUUCCUUCGAAAUGUUGUGGUUCGAUUUCUUUUGUUUUCCCUUCUCGUCGUCGGUGUUCGAUUUACUUACGUGAUUACAAUCAGAGGCGAAUCGUGCAGCGCCGGCGAUGAUUUCUGCUUCUUUUCCUCCACUUCGCCUGAAAAUCAAAACCUUGUCACCGCCGCCGGAGGAAACCUUGGCUCUUCUUCGUCCGUUACCCUCGACCUUGCCGCCGCCGCCACGCCGGAGUUCCAUAAACGCGUGAUGUUUUAUAUCACCGUAUUUCAGGAUCUGAUCGUCGAUGGGUUUCUUUCGACGAAAUCAAAGUCCCUUUGCGUCGAAACCCCCGUCGGCGAAGACGUGUAUGCUCUGAGAGAGAUCGGCGUCGAUGAGUCGGUUGGAAUUUACAAAAAAGCGUCAAAACCUUUGGUGAUUAAUGGGUUAGGGCAUCGGCAGCCUUUUAUGGACCACACAUUUGAUUUUAUAUUUUUGGGCAACGGAGUGUUGGAUAGAUCGGAGAAGGCGGAAGAGUUCGCGGCGGAGGUUGGACGGACGGUUAAACCCGAAGGGUAUGUCGUCGUUCACACUGCUUCCAAAGAUACAUAUAGUUUCAAUUCUUUCAUUCGUUUAUUCAAUUGUUGUAAGUUCAUACGUUCCCGUAAUCUGGAUGGAUUUGAUUCUGAUAUGCCUCAAAUUCAUGAAAUCGUCAUGAAGAAACUAUUUGACAUCAAAAUUAGGGAAAAAAUUGGUAGUAGUCCGAGCAAUCGCUGCUCUGUUCCUGGGUAUAAACGUGAUUUGUUACAGAAAGCUGAGCCUCUGAUUGAAUCAGAGCCAUUGAAGCCAUGGAUUACAUUGAAGAGAAACAUUGAGAAUGUGAAGUAUUUGCCUUCCAUGGUGGAUAUCAAUUUCAAGCGGAGGUAUGUGUAUGUAGACGUUGGUGCUCGUAGCUAUGGCUCGAGUAUAGUUAGCUGGUUCAAGAAACAGUAUCCGAAACAAAACAAAACCUUUGAUAUAUACGCCAUUGAAGCUGAUACCCAUUUCCAUGAUCAAUACAAGUCCAAGAAAGGUGUUACCCUUUUACCUUAUGCUGCCUGGGUAAAGAACGAGAGCUUGGUCUUCGAGAUUAAUCAAACCCCGGGUGAUGAAAACGUUGAGAAAGGAAGAGGGAUGGGUCGAAUUCAACCAGUGAAAUCAGGUGGUGGGAUUGUUGGUUCUGUUGAUGUGAUUCAAGGGUUUGAUUUUGCUAAUUGGUUGAAAACCACUGUAACUGAGAAAGAUUUUGUGGUGAUGAAGAUGGAUGUUGAAGGGACUGAAUUUGAUUUGAUCCCGAAACUGAUUGAAACAGGUGCAAUUUGUUUGAUCGAUGAGGUUUUUCUUGAAUGCCAUUAUAAUCGGUGGCAGAAAUGUUGCCCGGGUGUGAGGAGUCCCAAGUAUCAGAAGACCUACGGGCAAUGCUUAGAUCUGUUUAAAACUUUGAGACAACGUGGAGUUCUUGUUCAUCAAUGGUGGUAAACGGUACCCUUUGUUUUACAUGAAAGUGUUGUAGUUUUAUUUUAUUUUCAUUCUGCAUCCGAUUAAAGUUUCUGCAAAUGAGAACUAAUUGGUUUCCACUUUGUAUUCGUUCAUAUUUUCUGAUAUCAUCACUCAAGAAAUAGCAUACAA